AUGGAUUAUGAAAGUGAAAGCGAACAACUUAGAUAAGUGAUCCUUUGUAAAAAGGAAAGAUUUAGAGUAGAGAUUAGAAAAAGUAAAAACAAGGAGGAAUUUGCAAUGAAGCGUAUCAAAUUAAUGCAAGAAAAAAAGAUAAACAUGGCUGAAGAUUAGUUUAAGUAUUAGCAGAACAUCAAAGAAAAUAGUUUGAUUAAUGGAAAUACUUUACAUACUCUAAAAGGAUAAAUUAACUUAUAAGAAUCAUUUUUCGAUCAAUUAGAUGAAAAUUUACAUAAAUAAAAUUGUAAUGUGUAGCAAGUGCAAGAAUUAAAUAGCAUGAAAAUUUAGAAUUUUAAAUAAGACUAUUCUAAAAUUGCAGAACAUAAUAUUGCUGAUGCUCUAAAGGAGUUUAAAAAUUAAUAUAGAAAUGGCAAUAGAAAAAUUUUGUUUGAAAUUCUAUGCUCAAUAAGAAAAAAAUUAACAAUUGCUACUAGUGAGCUUGAACAACAACAAGAAAUAAUUAAUUUGAAUUAUAAACUAAAUAAAUAAAAUGCUAAAAACAUAAAUUAUUAAGAAACUAUGCCUUUCUAUGAGAAUUUUAAGCAUCCUGUUUUCUAAACAAUUUUAGAUGAUAAAUAAUUCCUUGUUAUUCUUCUUGAAAUUCUAUAAAUAGUUGAUUAUGCUUAAUUAAAGGAUAUUUAAAAUGAAUCUUUAUGGAUUCUAAUUAAUUUAUGCGCCGGCAAAAAUAGAGAGUGCUGGCAUAUAUUAAAUUUAGGCAUUUUGGAUACAUUUAAGCACUUGAUGGAAAAUUGUGAAGACUUAGAUAUCCUUGAAAAUGUAUGCUGGUGUUUAGGAAAUUUAGCUGCAGAUGAUGCAGAGUGUCGAGAAAAGCUAUUUGAAGACUCAUAACUCAUCCUAACAGUUAUUUAAGGCUUUUACGAAAAAUUUAUAUUAAAAAUGUAUGGUCGCUACUAAGAAAAUAAUAAUUUUGUAUCUUCUUAAUCAUAAAAUAAAAUAGAUUAAUCAAUAAAUUCAACUAAAAGUUAUUUACCACAAAAUUAAAAUUAGAGCAGAUAUAGCAUUGUGAGUGAGCUUACCUUUUUUUUAACUAACCUCAUUAAAAAGCACCCUAUGCCAAGGAUAGAUCCCUUAAGAAAAAUUCUUUAAAUCUUGAAGGAAUUAUUUUUUGUAGAUAUUCCUCAAGUAAGAAUUUAAAUCAUUAAAAGUUUUUGGGUUCUCUUAACAAAAAGCGAGGCUUAUUUAAAUGAAGUCUUAAAAUUAGAUAUAAUUCAUCAUAUCAUGCCAUUUUUAGUGGGUUCAAAUAUAUAGCUAAUCAAAGAAUCUCUAGAUUUUUUCAAAGUAAUAGUAUAAAACUGCGAUGAAUUCACUCGCAAAAUAUUUGUAGAGACUAAAUUUCAAGGCUAUCUUGAAAAAGUGAUAAGCAACUAAAACAGAGAAGUUAAGCUCAAAGGAUUAGGACUAUUAUAAAAAAUAAUUGAAUGUAGUGAAGGACUAAAUAUACAAGCAGAAAUAAUUCACUAAGAAAGGCUAGUUUACAAACUAUUAAAUUUGCUUGUAAUGGAAGAAUUUUAAAUUAAGAUAUCUAUUUUAAGUAUUCUGAAAGAAUUAUUAUAAUCUGACAUGGGAAUAAAAAAAUUAAUUUAACUUGAAUAUAUACAAAUACUAAUAAGGCUUGGAAGGUGUGGAAAUCCUUACAUUGAAAAACUAGUAAUUCAAUCAUUAGACUUAAUAUUUGACUACAGUAUUCAAGUUCACGAUAAUUAAAUUUAAAGCAGUAACUGUUCUUCUGAAAAUAAUAUUAUGCAGAUAUUUUUCUCCUUAGAAGGUGAGUAAUUGUUAGAAUAGUUAUAAAGGAGUAAAUCAGAAGAAGUAUACAAAUAAUGCGUCUAAUUAAUUUAAAAGCACUUUGAAUGA